GUCAUCAGUUUCUGGUAUCAAAAGGAAUCAACUUCUAUUUUGGAUUUCAACUGUUCUGUCUUUGAUAUCAAGCAAUGGUUCCUAUCCAAAACAGAACUGUUCAUAAAAAUAAAAAAAAAUCUUGAUAUCCAAAAAUAGUGCCUUCGUUUUUGCUAUCAGAAAUACAAUUUUUGCUAUCAACACUGGAGGGCACUACUUUAAUGAGGAGGAUACUGUUUGCAAAGUCCAUCAUUAACUAGGUCAACUGCCCGGAACCCGCAAACCACGAAGCGCGCAGUUUACCUGAACCCUUUGAUGGAUUCAUCACUAUCACAUUUGAUAAGAUGCAGUCUCGCUGGUCAGGAGUGUUUCUCCUGUGCACCUUCCUCUAUGGUCCUGAAACUUCAGCUGCGCAGUCCGGAGUACAGCAGCUGAAAGGUGUUGAGGGCGGGCGGUUCACGUUCCCUGUCGACAUCCCAAACCUCCGCCCGGAGUCGGAUGUCAUCUGGAAACAUGGCUCUGAGAACCCAGAGUGGUCGAUUGCAAGAAUUCACGGGGGGAAGAUUGAGGCUGUGUACGAGGACAGAUUUAAAAGCCGUCUGCAGGUGGACAGUAGCGGCUCUCUACAGAUUAAUAACUUAGAGUCGGAAGAUGCCGGCUUUUACCAAGUGGACGUGGCGCCGGGGGUUUCUUUUAAAAGGAUGUUUUACUUGUCCGUUUACAAAACUGUGUCAGCGCCUGAAGUAAAAAGAUUCAACGAAUCAGGAAAGCUGUUUAUAAGGGCCUGUGUUUUACAGUGCUCUGUGGAAAAUGACAAAGACGUCAGUUUGUAUUGGCUUAGAGACGGGCUUGUCCUGAACCAGCUGAGCUCACCUCGAGAAAAAACACUGGAGCUUCUGCAAGAAACACAAGGCGAUGACGUUAACUAUACCUGUGUGGCCAGCAACAGCGUCAGCAAUCAGACAAUCUCUGUCACUCCAUUUGAAUACUGCCCAGAAAGCAAGCUCCACACUGAGCUCAUCCUGAGGGUGCUGGUGUUCAUAGUGCUGACUGGAGUCGCAGUCUGUGUGUGGGUCUGGAGGAAGAGAAAUGCUCAGGAUGGGUGCAAGCAAAGGCUGCGGAGCAGCGCUUGAAGGGGGGGGGGGGGGACACAGAUUUUCUCCAUAUAGUAGCCGACUAUCACCAUAUUUAAGGUAGUACGGCUGGAUUACAUUAUUAGAUGGUCAAUUCUGGUUUAAGUUUAUUUUAACAAUUCCUGCUUUGAAAUAGUAUGUUGUGUUGUUUUAUGUUGAAUUUGUUACAUUUGUAUUUAACCAAAAAUAUGGUAAAUUAAAUCUUAAAUAACUUACCUAGUGGAAAGUUAACAUAAAAACGAGUAUUUUAAAUGGGAAAUUUGUAUAAUAUCGUAGAGAGGUUACUCACUAUAUUACAUAACAUUUGGAACACGACAGAAUGAAAGUGAAAACGCUUUCUAAAGAAAUCCUGUUUGUUUGUAUUUCUCUGUGCAAAUUCCGAUGCAAUUGAGGUCAUAUCUGUCAGGCGAGGGGUUCCUUAUGGCUGUACCCACACAUCAAGCCGUUAAAUCUGUUCUGUGUCAUUUUUGUAAAUAUUUUUUUAUGUGCUGAAGAGAUGAAAAGCACCUUUCUGCUGUGCUGUGGUCUCUGGUAUUGUGCAAUACAAGAGGAGCAGUUUGUGAACUUCUGGAAGUAAUUUUCUAGCCACUGGCACUACCGUCAUUGCAUUAGAGAUGCCUAUGGGACACAUUCAGAUGUGUGCAUUUAUAGGACAGAUAUGCUUGUUGUGUAUAAGAAUCUACACAGCCUGGACACUUUAUUAGGAUCUGCCCCCGAUAUCUGGUCACCAUUUGCGCUGAGCACAGUCUCAUAUAUACAACCUUCCAGAGAAUACAAUUUUAACAUAAAAUGAUGUAAAAUCCUUGUACCCAAGUGUCCCUCGUAAAGAAACUUUAGAAGCUUGUCAAAAAGCACUAGAUGAUAGACUAGAUAAAUCAAUACCAACAGCAGAGGUGCUGAACAUGAUCAACGUAGUUUUAAAAAACAGUUAUUUUACAUUUGUUAAUAAGAAUUACAAACAAAACGAUGGUACAGCAAUAGGAUCUAAGUUAGGAAUGCAUUUUGCCAGUACAUACAUGGGGAAAUGGGAAGAACAAUUACUUAGAAAAUCGGAAAGAGAACCUUUAGAAUACAUUCGGUUUGUAGAUGAUAUUUUUGGGGUUUGGACACAUGGAGAAGAAUCUCUUUUCCCGUUUCAUAAAAUGGCAAAUUAAAUACACAGUAAUAUUAAGGUGGACCUUUGAUGGACAAGGAAAGAAAUAGAAUUUUUAGAUACCAUAGUAAAACUUGAAGAAGGUUCAAUUGAGACUGACCUCUUCUGUAAACCUACUGACAUGCACCAGUAUUUACACAUGUCCUCUGCACAUCCGAUACACACUAAAAGGGCAAUCCCAAAGGGUCUAGGAAUAAGAAUACGAAGAAUAUGCUCUAAAGAAAGUGACUAUGUAAAACAAAGAAAUGUAUUAAAAACAAAUCUUAAAAAGAGAGGAUACAAAGAAAGAAUUAUAGAGAUGGAGUUAAGAAAAGUGGAUAAACUAAAAAGAGAUGAUCUACUAGAUUAUAAAAAUAGAGAUAAAAAGGUCAAAAGAGUCCCAUUAAUAAUGACUUACUCUAAACUUUUGCCCAAUAUUUCUAAAAUAGUUUGGAAACACUUGCGGAUUCUACAUAAUUCAGAAAAAUUAAAAAAAUAUUUCUUAAGGCCCCAUUUGUAGCAUUCAAAAGAGAAGCUAAUUUAGGUGAUAAAACUGGCUCUACCCAGCAAUGGGUAUUGCCAGCGCAAAAACAAGGGGUUGCAGUCCCGAAAUAAUAAUUCCAAAAACACAAACACAGACACGUCUCUGGACAGUGCGUGCUCGGGUGCAGGUGCGGUGCUGGAUACAGUGAUGCCGGUUAAGUGCAGGUGCAGUGAAGUCCGGGUGAAUCGCUGGCCUCAGGCUGCAGCUCCCAGAUCCGUCUAAUCAGUCGUACUAGGGCGGGAACUCCUGGUACCGUGACGCCAUCCCUUUCCUGAAUGGCCGGCUUCCGACUGCCCCCGGAAUGAACUGCAGAAACAUUCAGUACGGGGCACGCAAUUCCUGCUGUACAGUGCUCUCACAGGUCGAGAGGGAGA